AUGCCGUAUAACUAUGAAUCUGCAAGCAUAGAGAAUGGUAAAGAGAUAUCCUUGAGUCCCUCAACUUCCGUGAGUAUCAUUGCGGAGAAUAGUCAAAUUCUGAGAAGUGGACGUAUUCUUCCAGCUGUUGUGCAAGCAAAGAAGAAAACUCUGGUGAUAGAGUCAGUGCCAAUACUAGAUCCUAGCAAGGGUAAGAGUGUGGUUCAACCUAGUGGAACUGAUAAUGAUGAGAUUUUGAAGCUGAUCAAGAAAAGUGAUUAUAAGAUAGUGGAUCAUUUAUUGCAGACUCCAUCCAAGAUUACUAUCAUGUCACUAUUGACAAGCUCUGAUGCUCAUAGGGAUGCCUUGAUGAAAGUGUUGAAUCAAGUCUACGUAGACCAUGAUGUGACUUUGGGUCAAUUUGGGAGCAUUGCUGGAAAUGUGACGGCAUGCAACAAUUUGAGUUUCGGUGAUAAAGAUCUCCCAUUGGAGGGGAAAAAUCAUAAUAUGGCCUUGCAUAUCUCUGUUAUGUGCAAAACAGAUUCUUUGUCCAAUGUCUUGAUAGACACCGGUUCUUCCCUCAAUGUGAUGGCGAAGAGAACCUUUGAUAAAUUGACAUAUUCAGAUGGAUCUAUUAGGCCUAGUUGCGUGUCAGUAAGGGAAUAUGAUGGAUCCAGGAAGACGGUAUGGGGAGAAGUAGAUUUACCUAUCACUAUUGGGGCCCAAGAGUUUAAAGUUACAUUCCAGAUAAUGGAUAUUCAAGCUUCCUACAGCUGUUUACUUGGUAGACCAUGGAUUCAUGAAGCCGGGGCAGUAACAUCCACUCUUCAUCAAAAGCUAAAGUUUGUGAGUCGUGGAAAGCUUGUUACAGUGAGUGGGGAAUCAGCUCUUUUGGUUAGCCAUUUCUCGUCCUUUUCCUUCAUUGGUGGUGAAAGUUCGGACGGAACAUCAUUCCAAGGGCUUUCGGUUGAAAGCGGUACUACAAGAGGUGAAACAUGCAUGGCCUCUCUAAAGGAUGCUCAGAGAGUAAUUCAAGAAGGAAAAGCGGAAGGCUGGGGGAAGUUAGUACAGCUGCCCGAGAACAAGCGCAAAGAAGGUCUGGGUUUCUCCGGCAAUAAGCAAAUGAUGUUCGACCCAACUAGGGGUACUUUUCAUAGUGCCGGAUUCAUUAAUGCGCCACUUGAGACUAAUGCAAUCUUGGAAGAUCAAUCAGAAGAGGUGGCACCUGACUUUGUGACUCCUGGUGGAAACUGCUGCAAUUUGAUUGCUGUUGACAUCCCUUCUGAGGAUGAAGAGAUUCCCGAUGAGCUCCAAUGGAGGUUAGAGCAAGAAAGAAAAGCCAUUCAGCCUCACAAGGAAGAAAUAGAGUUGAUCAACCUGGGCACUAAGGAUGAUAAGAAAGAAAUUAAGAUUGGAGCAUCGUUGGAGGCGUCUGUCAAGAAAAAGAUAAUUGAGCUUCUCAGAGAGUAUGAUGAUAUAUUUGCACGGUCCUACAAAGACAUGUCGGGGUUAGACCAUGAUGUUGUGGAACACCGUUUACCUUUGAAGCCCGAGUGUCCUCCAGUCAAGCAGAAGUUAAGAAGAUCUCAUCCAGAUAUGGCUCUCAAGAUCAAAGAGGAAGUGCGAAAGCAAAUUGACGCAGGUUUCUUGAUUACCUCCGAAUAUCCUCAAUGGUUGGCCAACAUAGUGCCCGUUCCGAAGAAAGAUGGUAAGGUCAGAAUGUGUGUUGACUAUCAAGAUUUGAACAAAGCAAGUCCAAAGGAUGAUUUCCCUUUACCUCACAUUGAUGUAUUGGUUGAUAGUACUACUAGAUGCAAGGUGUUCUCCUUCAUGGAUGGAUUCUCCGGGUAUAACCAGAUCAAGAUGGCUCUAGAAGAUAGAGAAAAGACGUCGUUCAUCACGCCUUGGGGCGCUUUCUGCUACUUAGUAAUGCCGUUUGGGUUGAUAAAUGCUGGUGCCACUUACCAGAGAGGCAUGACUAAAAUAUUCCAUGAUAUGAUACAUAAAGAGAUUGAGGUAUAUGUGGAUGAUAUGAUUGUCAAAUCAAGCACUAAAGAAGAACAUGUCGAGUAUUUGUUGAAGAUGUUCCAACGGUUGAGAAAGUACAAACUCCGUUUGAAUCCUAACAAGUGUACCUUCGGUGUUACAUCCAGCAAGCUCUUGGGUUUUAUUGUCAGCCAGAAAGGUAUUGAAGUAGAUCCCGACAAAGUCAAAGCUAUCAGGGAAAUGCCUACUCCAAGGACAGAGAAACAAGUUAGAGGCUUUCUAGGAACAUUGAACUACAUCUCCAGAUUCAUCUCUCAUAUGACUGCCACAUGUGGGCCGAUAUUCAAGUUACUCCGUAAAGAUCAAGGGAUCGGAAGAUUGCCAGAAAGCUUUUGA